GCAGGAACGAACAAGGCUAUCCUCACAACAAUACACACCGCAACUACGAGACCACCUCUUCUCACGAAAUAUCGAAAGAACUGUAGCUUGCACACAUGUCUACCGUCACAAAGGUGCCAUCUCGGCGCAACCGCUGCUGCAAUACGAGAAGCUGAGCUGCCCAGACCAGCUGGACCCCUAGUUUAGUCUCAACUCCGCGUCUCAACAUGCGCAUGACGGGGAUGCGGUCUUUGCUCUACCAUUAACACCUCUACUAUCAUCUCCUACGUGCCGCAGUCGUCCCUACAGCGCCAAACAACACAUCACAUAACCGCCCACCAUGGCACCGCGCAAGACGCGAGUAAAACCAACAGCGUACCCGUUCCUACCCUUCCACAUCAUACGAUGCGCGCAACUACUUUCGUCCCUAGUAGUAGCAAGUGUCAUGUUUUACUUCCUACGUGAACUAUCGCAUGAUGGGUAUAGGUUGCCAUGGACGUUUAUUCUGCUAAUGACCGUAUCCCUCCUAACCCUCGCGACACUCACAACCACGAUCAUUCUACACAUCCGCCACGGCCUGUCCGCGUCGCUGAACCUACUCCUCAACAGCAUUCUCGCGCUCCUCUGGACUGUAUCCUUCGCUUUGCUCGCAUGGUGGUGUUCGGGCACAUUGGCACAUGUAUGCGACGCAGAGAGCUGGGAAUCAGACACUGGAGUCAGCGUGUGCAGGAUGUAUAAGGCGCUGUUCAGCUUCGCUUUGUUGGGCUUUGUUGCCACGAGCUGUGCGUUGGGGUUGGAUAUCAAGGUCAUGAGGGGCGCCAGGACGAGGGGCGUGUUCCAGCAGUUGGAUGUGCUAAAUGGCGGGGAGGCGAAGAGAGAUGAAGAGGAUGCUGGAAGGGACAUCAAUCCAAAUCCUAUCGCUGCGCGAACACAACGGGGUAGGGGCGGAGACGGGUACGCGCUGCCUGAGGAGCAGUUUGAGUACAACGACAUUGGAUAUCACGGGGCAGCGGGGGAAGUUGGGCAAAGCAGGAUGUAA